AUGUUCUUUUCUUCCAAAACUGCGAUCACCAAAGCCAUUACUUUAUUAAGUAGUAAUGAUAUUUUAAUUAAUAGAACUUUAUUGCCUUUGCCUUCAAAGAUUGCAACAGAUUGCGAAGAUUCUGAAACUCGACGAUUAUCAGUUAGACCUCAACAUUUAUCUCAUGCAGAGAAAUCAGAUAUUGUAGUACUCGGUGGAGCAUUAUUAUCAGAUCAUGGAGAAAAUAAUAAAAUGAUUGGAAGUGUAAUUCUUUAUGAAGCAGAAUCUGAAGAACAAGUUAGAAAGGAAGUUGAACAAGAUCCAUAUGUAAUUAAUAAUGUUUGGGAAAGUUAUCAAAUUGUUCCAUUUAAAGUCAUUUCCGAUUCAUCAUCUUCAUCAUUAAUGGAAUCCGAUGAUUUUUUAAAUGAAUUUUUAAUUUUGGGAAUGACAGCAGUUGUAGGUCAAGCAUCAAGACAUUUCGAUCCAUUAAUUAUAAAUAGUUUAGAAUUAUGUAAAUCAAUUCUUGAAAUUUAUGAUAAUAUACAAUAUAAUAAAAGGAUAUGUGAUUGUUUAAUAGAUAGAGUGGAAUCAAUUGAAAUGGCUAUAAAAUCUCUUAAACGACAUAAAGAAGAAAAUAAUGAUUAUUUCUUUAAUCAAAAUACUUAUAAUGACUUUCAUAAAUUAAUUUAUAUAUUAGAAAGGAUUCAAUCUUUUAUGACAGAUAUUUCUCAACUUCAUGGAUUAAGAAAAUUUAUUGAUAUUCAAAUGAUUGAAAAUCAAUUUUGGGAAAUUGUUAAUGAUUUUGAUGAAUUGGUUUGGAAUUUACGUUUAAGAAUGACUUAUUCUAAAGAUGAUCAAAAAAUAAGGGAUAGUAACGCUAUAAAAGAUGAUAUUAUAAUAAUGACAAAGUUUUUGAAUACUGUGAAAAGUGGAAUUACUACAAAUGAUGGGGAUAUAAUUACUUCAAACAUUCCACAAAUUCGAAAUAUCUUUGAAGAAAUAAUCUUAAAGAAAAAUCACGUUACUGAAUUCAGUAAAUCUACUAAAUAUAAAACAAAUACCAUACCUUUCGAUUUAAUCAAAGAAAUUAAAGAUAAUAAUGAACAAUCUCAUGAUCUUUCGAGAGGACAUAAUAUUCAAAAAAAGUUUUACGAUAAGGGCUGUGUGGCUUGUAAAUAUUUUGAUGACGAACAAACCGGAAGAUUUCAUAAUGAAUUAUCUAUGUUAAAUAGUCUUAAUCAAUCUGAUAAUAUAAUUCGAUUUCAUGGACUUUCCAAGUUAGAAGAAGGUCAAGUUUUGGUUUUUGAUUGGGCCGAAAGAGGUGAUUUACAAACUUUAUAUGAAAAUUUUGAUAUAGAUUGGUCCGUGAGAUUAAAAAUUGCUGUAGGAAUUGGUCGGGGAUUAUUAUUUUUACAUGGAUGUCAGAUUCUUCAUAGAGAACUUCGAUGUCAAAAUGUUGUGAUUACAAAAGAUCUUGAACCAAAAAUAGCAAACUUUAAUUUUGGUCGACCUGCAAAAUAUAGUAGAUAUUUUGUAGAAAAUAUUACAGCUGUAGUACAUUGGUUGGCUCCGGAAAAAUUAAGAUUAGGAAAUAAAAUAAAAUUCUCUCAUAAAUGUGAUAUUUUCAGUUUUGGAAUGCUUUUAUGGGAGAUUUGUUUAGAAAGAAUUCCAUAUAAAGAUUGGAGUUAUACAAAUAUUAUUGACCAUGUUAAAGCUGGAAAGAGAGAAAGUAUGGAUUUGGAGAAUCCAACUCAAAUACAAAGACAAUUUCAAAAAAUUAUUAGAGCUGCAUGGCAAGACGAUCCAACUCUUCGCCCAGGUCUUCAUGAAUUAUUCAUUCAAUUAGAAGAAUUAUAUCUAAAAUCUCUAAUUGAAAAUAAAAACACUGCCAAUAAUGAUAAUAAUAUUAGUGAUCAUGAAUCUCUUAAGAGAAAGGUGAAAAAAGAAAAAAUUGAUAAAUCCGAUAUUGAAUCAUCAAUUUCCCCCACAUCGCCAUCAUCGACAAUAGAUAAAAAUAAUGUAAAAGACAAAGAUUUAGAAUUAAAUUUUCUUCCAAUAGUUCAACCCAUCUUAUUACUUGAAGAAGGAAUAAAAUCACAUAAAUCUGGUGAAAAACGUAUAGCUUGGGAAUGUUUUCAAGCUCACGCGGACCUUGGUAAUAAUUAUGCCAAAUAUUGGCAAGCACAUUAUUUAACUGAAGGUUAUCAUAUACCCAAAGAUGUUAAAAAAGGAACUAAAUAUUUUAAAGAAGCAGCUGAUGCUGAUGUAGCUGAUUCCCAAUUACGUUAUGCAUUUUCACUUUAUCAUGAUCAAAUUAUUCAAGAUACCGAUGCCUUCUUACAUUAUUUAACUUUGGCAGCUGAAAAUGGUAAUGCAACUGCUCAAUUUAAUUUAGGUAGAAUGUAUUAUGCUGGAAUGGUAGGAUUAAGUAAAGAUAGAGAAAAAGGGUUACAAUAUUUAAAGAUGGCUGCUUUGAAGAAUCAACCGAGGGCAAUCCAAUUUUUGUCUAAUGCUAAAGUCGAUAGAUUUUAA